AUGGCUGGGGAGUUUGGGCACAUCCAGGUGGGCACUUACCUGGAGAUCAAGCGCAGCGAUGGGCGCAUCCACCCAGCGAUGGUGACAGAGCUCCAUGGAAACACCUCCAGCAUCACCGUGGAGUGGAUUGAGAAAGGGGCCAACAAGGGCAAGAAGGUGGAUCUCCAGCUCGCCUUUGCCCUCAACCCACAUCUGGCCCCAGGGAGCAUGCCUGUGACCAGCGUUGAGGCCCUACCAUCGGCCAAAGGGGACCAGAGCCUGGUGAGUGAAGUGCUGCCGCAGCCCGUGAAGGUGGAGAAGCCAUCUGGGGAUGGCAGGGACCCCAUGGCUCGCCGACCUGGCUCAGGGUACUAUAACCGCAGGUGGACAUCACCAUGUGUGCGGCAGGUGGAAAGGCUGCAGGAACAGCGGGAACGCCGUCGGCUGGAGAUGCGGGAGCGACGAGUCCAGCAGGCCACCGUGUCGCUCCAUCCCAGGGCCAAUGUGAUGGACAUGAUCCAGGAGUACCGCAGCCACCUGGACUGUGAGGCUGUGCUGGCCACCAAGCCCAGCCGGCCCCAUCGCAUCUGCGUGUGUGUCCGGAAGCGGCCGCAGAACCAAUAUGAGGCUGAGCUCAAGGACUUCGAUGUAGUGACUGUGCCCUGCCAGGACGUGGUGAUGGUGCAUGAAGCCAAGCAGAAGCUAGACCUCACUCGAUACCUGAAGAACCAGAUCUUCCGCUUUGACAGUGCUUUUGAUGACCAUGCCACCAAUGAGCUGGUGUACAAGCACACUGCCCAGCCCCUGGUGGAGACCGUCUUCCAGGGGGGCAUGGCCACUUGCUUCGCCUAUGGCCAGACAGGCAGUGGCAAGACAUACACCAUGGGGGGAGACUUGUCCAUCAAGAACCCAGAGUGCUCCAAAGGGAUCUACAUCCUGGUAGCUGAGGAUGUCUUCAGCAGGCUGCAGGACCCUGACUGCCAGAAGCUAGAGCUUCGGGUCUACGGGGCCUUCUUUGAGAUUUAUGGGGGCAAAGUGUUUGACCUGCUGAACUGGAAGAAGCAGCUGAGGGUGCUAGAAGAUGGUAAACAACAGAUUCAGGUGGUGGGGCUCCAGGAGCAAGAGGUCACUUGUGUAGAAGAUGUCAUCAAGCUGAUUGAAACUGGUAGCAAGUGUCGUAUGUCAGGCCAGACAUCCGCCAACACUCACUCUUCCCGGAGCCACGCCAUCUUCCAGAUCAUACUCAAGAAGAACGGGCGUUUGUAUGGCAAGUUUUCCCUGAUCGAUUUGGCUGGGAAUGAAAGAGGAGCUGACAUCUGCGCUGCAAACAGGCAAACGAGGCUGGAGGGGGCUGAUAUUAAUAAAAGCCUCUUGGCCCUGAAGGAGUGUAUCAGGGCGUUGGGGCGUAACAAAGCCCACACCCCAUUCAGAGCCAGCAAACUCACCCAGGUGUUGAGGGACUCGUUCAUAGGGGAGAACUCCUCUACCUGCAUGAUUGCCACCGUCUCUCCAGGGAUGAGGUCCUGUGAGCACACCCUCAACACCCUGCGCUAUGCUAACCGCGUGAAGGAGCUGGGGGUGAACCUGAGUUCCCUUGGACAACCCUGUCAGGAGAACUUGCCCAGGACAACUGAGCUGCAGCUGUUGGGUGUACAGGGAGAGGAGGAAGUCACCCCCCAGCUAUUUACUUUCAGUGCCAGGGUGAAAACCCAGAAGAAGAGAAAAGAGAUGGAUAAGAGGACACUUAUAGAGGAGCAUCAGGAGUCUCUGCGAUGGUUGAAAGUGUUCUUAGAAGUGGCUGAAGAAAUAGACUACGAUGUAGAUUUUUACGCUGCACAGUUUGAAGCGGUCCUGGGACAAAAGAUUGACAUCCUGACCGAGAUUCAGGAAAAAGUCAGAUCUUUCCGGUCGGUUCUUUGCAAGGAAGAUCAGGGCGGCAGCCAGAUGAGCGCGAAGAGAUCCCGUGCGCUGUAA